AUGAUUAGCAAUUCUGCCAGCUUGUUAAUACUGAUACUACGGAAUGCUCUGGUUGAGGCUGCAGGUCAAACACCACCAAAAGGUUAUAGGUAUGCCUCUUAUGAAGUGACCACUCCUAGAAAACUGACCUAUGGUUAUGGACAACAAGAACCCAGUGAUGUCACCUACUUGCUGCGGAUUGAGGGGCAGGGUCAUGUGGUGCAGCUGAAGCAAAAGAGGGGUAUUGUCCCUAAACAACUCCCUGUCAUCACUUACAGUAAGGAGGGGGACCCUCAGAUGGACUAUCCUUUCAUCAGAAAUGACUGCUUCUACCGUGGCUUUGUACAAGGCAAGCCUUCCUCUUGGGUUACCCUCAGCACUUGUUCAGGGUGGCUCAGGGGUGUGCUGCACUUUGAAAAUAACACCUAUGAAAUUGAACCUGUUCAGGUAUCUUCUGCUUCUCAACAUGUGGUGUAUAGGUUGGAAGAAAAGGAUGGGGCUAUCCGCAUGAGGUGCGGGUUAACAGAGGAAGAGCAAAGCCAUCAGCUGGCCAUGAUGCAAACCACAAGGAAUAUAUUGACCCACAGUGCUGCUGGUGAAGGCUGGUGGGGACACACUAGGUACGUGGAGGUUGCGAUUGUGGUAGAACAUGAACGAUAUGUCAAGUUCGGCAGAAAUGAAAGCCGUGUUGUUAUGCAAGUUCUGGAUGUCCUCCACACCGCCAAUGUACUAUAUGAGCCACUUUCUGUUGAAUUGUCUAUAUCUGCACUGGAGAUAUGGUCAGAAAAGAACCUCAUUCAAGUUACUAACAACAUAUAUGAGACACUUAGGAGUUUCUCACGCUGGAGAACAGCCUCACUAGUUAAACAUAUGAAGAAUGAUGCUGCUCACUUAUUUGUAUAUAAGAGUUUUGGAAGUACACUGGGGUUAGCAUACAUAGGUGCAGUUUGUAGUACCCUUUGGGCAUCUGGUGUUGAAUCCUAUACAACUUCUAGUUUGUUCCAUAUUUCUAACACAUUUGCCCAUGAAUUAGGACAUAAUCUUGGCAUGCAACACGAUGGAAGACACUGUACUUGUGAUCAACAUGCCUGCAUUAUGGCUGCAGAUCAAGCUAACACUGAUAAAUUUAGUAAUUGCAGUUAUAAAGAUUAUUACAAAAUAAGGAACUCUCAUUGCUUGUUAAUUCCACCAGACCCUUAUAGAAUGCAGAAAGUCACAUCUUGUGGCAACAAAGUAGUGGAAAAUGGAGAACAAUGUGACUGUGGUUCAAAACGUGAAUGUAAGUCAGAUCCAUGUUGCCGAUCUAAUUGUAUGCUGCGUUCUGCUGCUACUUGUGCUUUUGGACUUUGCUGUGCUAAGUGUCGGUAUCGUCCAGUUCAUUCUGUUUGCAGACAGAAGGUUGGCCCCUGUGAUCUUCCUGAAUACUGCAAUGGGACUUCAGAAUGGUGUCCUGAAGAUGUGCAUGUACAAGAUGGUGCCCCAUGCGGGAAUGGUGCAUACUGUUACCAUGGGAAUUGCACAACCCAUAACAGACAGUGCAGAAUGAUAUUUGGCAAGAAAGCAACAGCUGCUUCAGAGGUUUGCUUCAAAGAGAUGAAUGCCCGAGGUGAUCGCUUUGGCAACUGUGGCCUUAGACAUGGCACUUAUAAGAAAUGUAAUGCUACCAAUAGCUUGUGUGGUCGAAUUCAGUGUGAUAACAUUACUAAGUUACCUUCUUUGAAGCAACACAGCACAAUACUUCAAAUACCCAUUGGCAAUAGGAAAUGCUGGGGUACAGACUACCACAUUGGAAUGGAGAUACCUGAUAUUGGAGCAGUGAGAGAUGGGACUCCUUGUGGCAAGAGAAUGAUGUGUAUUAAUGGGGAGUGCAAGAGUGUGUCCCUCUUGAAAUAUGAUUGUAAUCUGACGAAGUGCCAUAAUCGGGGAAGAUGCAACACUUACAAACAUUGCCAUUGUGAUUAUGGCUGGGCUCCUCCAGAUUGUCUCAAUGAAGGCUAUGGUGGCAGCAUUGACAGUGGCCCCCCUCCACCACGCAGGAUUGGCUACAAAGUAGGAAUUUUUAUAGGAAUUGUAUCUAUCCUUUUCCUUCUGUUAGUGUUGGUUUAAAGGAAAUGGACUGAGAAACUAAUUUAAAAGACUGAGUUCAAGAUUCCUUCAAACUGAAUCUAAACAGGAAUAAAACCCACAAUAGAUCAUGGAAGUCAACAAUGCACAUUGUAUAAAAAAUAUACAAAGAAAACAAUAGGCAGUAUUUUACAAAAAUGUAACUUUGAGUGAAAGCUUUUUGAUUAUUAUUAUUUCACUACCUUUUGUGGAGUUACUUUCCUUGGCACAUCAGUUUAUGAAAAUCUUGGACUCAUCAACAGGUAAGAAACCUGCUUUUUAUCAAGGCUAUCUAUCCUCUAAUCCUCUGAAAUGUUGUUCCACUAAAUACUGAGGGAAACAUCUGUUUUCUGGAAUGGAUAACUGCACACUGAGCAAAAGCCACAUUUCCCAAUAUCAUUAUUUUCCCACAGAAACCUUCAGAAGCACUGCUGCUAUGCGAAUGCCUCUUCCCAAUACACAUCAUGCAUCAUAACACACAUAAGAUGAUGCUAUAGCACCCCCCAAUCUAUCAAUGCUGGAACCAGCAAUGACCCAACUACUGUAAGUCUUACAGGCAGGUAUUUUAGUCACUCACACAGCCCUCUGGGACAAUGGAAUAAGGGAUCAAGAUGAGGUUCUGAUGGGAGGUGCUAAACCUUCAGCCACACACAUUGAAGGGAAAGACGAGCAGUGAAAGGGAGGAGACAGACCAUGCAAUAAAGGCAGCCACAAACACAAAUUGACAGCAUUCCUCCUCCAGUGGCUCACUCCAUAUGACAGUGGUGGGGAACGAGACACCCUCCAGAUAUUGUUGGAUGAUAACCCCCAGUUAAAGAUUUUGGGAUUUGUAGUCCAGCAACAACUGGAUGUUCCCCAUUCUUGCCAUAGAGCAUGGGGUUGGGAAGCAGAAUAUGGAAUUUUGAGCUGCACCAGGAAGAAAAUGACCUCACCUUUUUCUUGCCUUGCAAAAAGAAGAAGAAAAGAUUGAGUCAGGAGAAAAAGAGAGUUCCAAGAUCUCAAACGCAGACUGCAAAUACAACAGAGAAUUUCAUAAGUACUUAAUGAUCUGACACAUCGUUGAGCAUUUGCCUCUCUCCCUCCUGCCCCCCAAUCAUAGAUGCCAAGAAACUCAGGGGCUGGAGGAAGAGGAGGCCUUAGUAGAACUGCUUGUGUUGGGAACAGGUGAUGAUAAUCAGUGGGCCAGAUGCUGAGCUCCCCCGUGUGGGCCAUUUUGACAGGUGGGUAGCAAAGGGAGGAGGCUUUCCCUGAAUUCAGGUACACUUAAGCAAACCAGGAGAAGUACUGCAUGAACCAAUAGUCAUGCAUCUACCAAAGAGUCCUGUUGACCCAUCUUCCCUCAGCAACCCAUAUGACCAACCUUCCCCUGCUAUUUUGUCCAACAGGCAACCCUCAUGGCUGGCAUCGUAACAGGCUUAAUUUACCCCCCCCCAUUUCUCCCUCACAUCUCCCUGCUACUCCCUUCUGCCCUUGAGGAUUGCUCCUGCAAGGCUAGCAAUGGCAAUGUUUAUAUAGUGGAGUGCCUGGCUUCAACCAACACAAAGCUUACCUGCCUAUGGAGAUGAGAGUGUCUCCUCUGUGUGGAUGCUGUUGCUUCCCACUGUCGAGGAGGAAUAAUGUUGGAGCACUGUAGUAUAGGCAAGGCACAAUACUCACAUAUGGCAAAGGUGGUGGUAUGAGGGACU